GAAACCCACACCCAAAACCCACCCACCAGCCCAGCUGUCGGGGUCCAGAACGCACCUCAUGAUCCCUACUUGGUGGCUAUCUAUCGUCGCGCUUGGUCCCUGGAUCGCAAUUUGUGGCUUGUCCAGAUCAUACACUGAAGCGAUCGGUGGUGACCUGAUGGUCGACAAAAGAAAGCAUACAUAUAUUCCACAUCAUCCCCAUCCGUUCGCCGGUAAUAAAAAAGAAGCAUUACGACUCACGAGCGGUUCCCGUAUUGCCGACAGAAGUUGUUCCACGGUUCGCGGCGGAUGGAUUGCAAUUCAGGAACCGAAACGGAGUCCGGAGUGCCACCUUUCCCAACCACAUGGGGGUAAGGAACUCCAUUCUUGUCAUUUUUAGACGUUUCAGAUUGGGAAGCUGCUGGGGAUUCGCAGCUGAGGACACGACACCAGCACCAGCAUCACUUUUUGCCAUCCACCACUUGCUUUUUUACAUUAGUUGGACAACAGCAACAAAUCUGGUAACUAGUAGAUUGUCAUGCAGCCGGAUCGUGAAAAUUGUCAUCC